ACCCAAGACGCCACCAAAACCCUAAUCUCAUACCUCCUCUAUUCUUCUCUCCUCCACCCCACUCCGUCUCUCUCUAGCUCGCGCGCGCUCUCUCUCUGUGGUGUAUUAAGAAGAGAUUCGCCUUCUUCCUUCAUGGCAAAGCCCGGCGGCAACGCCCAAGUCGACCGCAUCAGCGACCUUUCCGACGAUAUCCUCAUCGACAUCCUUUCCUUCCUCCCUACCAACCAAGCGUUCCAGGCCAGCAUCCUCUCUAGAAGAUGGAGGUAUCUCCCUCUCGCCAUCCCCACUUUAGAGUUCGAUGAGAGGAAUUCGCUGAUCGAAAAGUUCAAUGAUUGGACAAUGGAAGACCGUUACGAUGUCGCCAGUAUCAUCAAUCUCGUACUGCUUAGCCGGAGAGGUGCCGCCAUACGUACUCUCCGGCUGUUCCUCGCGUGGUACUUGUUCGACAGUAGAGGAUCGGCAAUGGUUGACCGGUGGAUAGGCUUUGCCAUGUGCCACAACGUUGAAGAGCUCCACAUAGACAUCACCCGAUGCGAAUACAACUUGUGCUAUUGCCCUCAUAGUCAUCACAUUUGUCGGGAUGGGGGCUAUAUCGAUUUCUAUAUCUCGCCUCGAAGUCUCUUUACCUAUGGUUCUCUACGGGUCUUGCACUUGACCGGUUGCCAGCUCCAUCUCGCAAGUGUGGUAAAUUUUGGAUGCCUAGAAACGCUGUCGUUGAGUAAGGUAAUUGCACCUGAAGAAACCCUGCAGCACUUGAUUUAUUGUUGCCCGAACAUCAAGAACUUGAGUCUGGAGGGUUGUACAUUGUUGAAGAUCAUAACAAUUUCUAACCCGCAUCUCAGAAGCUUCAUAUUAAGGUGUUGUCAUGAUCUUGAGAAGGUCAGGAUCCAUGCUCCAGUCCUGCGGGAAUUGGAGUACAAGGGGGAGGUGGGAAUGCUGGAAAAGUCCCGCUUCUCAGUCACUGACUCCACAGACCUGGCCUCUCUCAAUCUCGAUUUCUGCCGUGCACUUGACAGUGAUGAUGAAUUUGCCAGGUUGAGGGAAUUUGUUGGGAAAUUUCUUUGUUUGAAGGUUUUAAGUUUGUCCUCCAAGCAUAUAAUGGGAUUAGCAAGGACUAAGGAUUUAUUUGCAAGCGUACCUUUUCCAUUUUAUGAACUCAAGCGGAUGGAGCUAAAAGGAACGGCAAAUGAUAUUACGGCGAUCGGUGCAGUAGUCACUUUGCUGAAGAGCACCCCUAGUCUAGAAGUUCUAUCACUGCUGUUCAUGCCUUCAACAUACAACGAGCAGAAUCAGUGGGAGCAUGAUGAUGAGGAGAUUGGACAUCCGAAUUUGCAGAAUGUCAUUAAAGAUGAAGAGGAAUUUGGACAUCUGAAUUUGCAAAACAUUACAACUGAGUGCUUGCAGUACCGAUUGAAAAGAAUCAAUAUCGUACAUUUUAAAGGUCAUAUGGUGCAAAGAAUGUUGGUGAAAUUUUUACUUGGCAAUGCCAUGGCCUUGGAGAAAAUGUUUGUUGCAGGGGGCAUGGCAUCUAUCUCACACCAUCUGAAGGUGAUGGAAGAGUUACUAAGCUGGCGAGCUAAUCCCCUAACCGAAAUAUUAUAUUGCUAGAAGAAUAUCGAUAAGCAUGGAACAUUGAUCACGCAUGAAGCUGUUCAUCAAUUAUCUAUUAGAGGUACUACAGGUGUCCUGCUUUUUGGAGCAACUACUGGUGCCCUGCUUGUUCGAGGCUUCUUUUAUUAUUAUAGCAACUACUCGUGCCCUCUUUGUACGAGGCUUCUUUUACCGUCGUAGCAAGGAAAACAUGCCUCAAGGCAUUAACUAAAAUACAUACU